GAAAAGAAACACGGUCCCUAAGUUGAGCGUGAAUAAUAACUUCUAACGCGAAGGCGUCGCGUCUUUUAAGGUGGAAUGAACAGCGUCAAGAAGCUGCGAAUAGCCGGAGUCAGCCUCAAUGAUCGCUUCAGUAGUUCGUCGUAACCUUGCAGGUACAGCGCAGUGCAAUUUUGUGUGAUAGACGAGUCGAGUCUGGAGUGCGCGGACGUUGUGUGUCUGCAGAAGUGAUGGAUGCUGGAACAUGCGAAUAGACCGGCAGCUCAGCUGUGUAUUGCACGCCACAGCUUUAGGCAAUAGGGCAAACUCUUAAUCGAAAGGAACUGAACUGAGAUUCAUAGCUUAUGCGGCGCAACGGAUACACUUAAUGUAAUAAAAUGUCUUAGUGUAUUAAGUAUUGGUUGGCAAAGGGUUGGCAAAGCAUAAAUACUCUACGUGACAAAUGACUUUCCUGUGAGCGACAUAAAGGAUUCAAGGAUUUCGCUGUCUGGAUGUGGGAUACGUAAACAGCUGCUCUCUUAUCCUCUGAAUAUGCUGAAGGCUUUGGGAGGAAUCUGUUUGCUUCAUCUAACUACAAUUUUUUUCCUGUUUUGGGCAACCAUAGAUGAUGCAUGGUGGUUUACAGACACCCUUUACACAGAUCUGUGGGGUGGAUGGGAGAUGGAUAACAAUGAUAAUGUCUGGGUGUACAAGGAUAUACCCACCUCCUACAGGAAAGACUAUCUGAAGGCGGUACAGGUGUUCGCAGUGCUGGCCUGUCUGUUUGCUGUGUUGUCACUGUGUGUUUUCAUCUUUCAACUCUUUACCCUGGGUAAAGGGAAGCGGUUCACCAUCUCUGGAGUUGUGCAACUCAUAUCCUGUUUCUGCAUAAUGGUGGCUCUGUCAGUCUACACCGAUCACUUUCACAGAGGUGAGAAGGACGGUUGGUACGGUUGGUCUUACAUCAUGGCCUGGUUUGGCUGGCUGCUGACCCUCUUCACUGGAAUUAUGUACAUUGUCCUGCGCAAAAGAGUGGAUUGAAAUCUUGACCCUCGCUCUCAGUGCUAAUCCGCGGCUGUAGGUGCUGUAAAUUUUAAGAAAUAUGUUGUAUUAAACGUUCCAGGCCUCUGGUAGAGUAGAGGAAAAUUUGGACAACUCAUAACUGCAGGUCAUUUAAACCUUUGUCCAAACGUUUCAUGUCGCCAGAGAUAAAAGGUUUUACCCAACAUUUAAAGGGAAAUGUAAUUAAAAUAAAUACAAUACAAUAGUUUUAAUUGGCUGGGUUUCCGUUCCAUAAUGCAUUGAGGGCAACGAGAGGGUAUGAAUGCAAGUGAUAAAGUGUACAUAUACAAAAGUUUAUGCAGGAAUGAAAUGUAAAAAAUGUAUCUAAACAUGUAUAAACAAGAGAAAGAUCAGUUGUACAUAUAAAGUACAUACAAAAGAGUAAACUUUUAAAGAGAAUGUUUCUGUAGAACAUCACUUGCACUUUAAAAUAGCCUAUGCUUAACAAACACACGUUUGUUUUGGUAUGACAUUACACCAAAAUUAUUCUAGUGAGUGUUUUUCUUUUCAAGAGACACCAAUUGCACAGUAUAAUCUAUAGCUCCAGAUAGUCUAUGGUGCUGUUUAUUUUACAAAUACACAGUCAUGAAAAGUUUGACUGUACAAGCAUUCCACUACCAUAUUUACAGAACCGUUUGUGUGCAUUAAGGUGAAGACACUUGGUUUUCAGGAUACCUGUACUGUAAUAGCACCACAAACCUUGUUGCUAUGCUUAUCAUUAGAAUAGCAUGAAUAUAGUGAAUAAAUGUUCAUGAGGUCGGAUGAUCACCCGAAGCACUCUGUCAGCACAUUAACGCCUGGCAUUAAGAUGCGUUUUGGUUGAUCGGAUCACAAGUGGAUGAGAGAGCGACACACCUUAAACUUUUAUCUGUCUCUUUUUCCCCCACCUUUUGACUGCGUCUGUCCCGAUUACGGUCUCGAAUCCUUAAAACACGAGCGGGAAAAAUGACAGGUUUAAGUUGACGCAAACUAUUAUGUCAGGGUACCGCUAGUUGUGCUGUUAGUAAACAUGCUGCACAUCGUAUUGUCAGGGUUCCCACACCUUAGUUCACUUCAAAUUCAAGGACCUUUCAAGGACUUUCCAGGUCCAAGACCCUCAAAUUCAAGGACUAAAUGUGAGGACACAUUUCAAGUGAGAGCAAGGUUAUAUCGUGUUACCUUUUAAGAUACAUUGUUACAGCUCCCUUUUGAGGGAACUCGCGCUGCGUCACUGCGGUGACACUUUGGGUACACCUCCAGGGGUAAGUGCGUCUGAAUGUGUAUAUCAAAUUCAACCAUUGGUGAGGCUUAAUGAUAAAGACAGGGUGACGCAAGAGCCAGGAAGUAUAUCGCUAUCUGAACUAUUGCCAAAGACGGCGUUACAGUGACGCAGGAAGUAUGGCAAGGAAGACGCAGCGUCUCGUUCCCUUCUCAGGGAACAACAGUUACAUACGUAACCCGAGACGUUUUCAUGUGUCACAUACCACUAUGCAAAAAAGCAUUUUGGUAUGAAUCAACAUUCGCAUACAGAAGAUAUAAGCAUUUAAAGUGAACAGCUCAGCACGUGUGCUUAAAAGGCCAGAAAUUUUAUGAUAUUUUCCUACACUACACAGGGAAUAAUAUGGAUUUUUUUCCAGAAAACUUAUUGCAUAAAAUAGAUUCAAGCACUUUCAAUGACCUGUAUCUUUGUAUGUAUAUAUUUUUUUUAAUUCCCAGGGUCUUGAAUUAUUUCAAGGACCCGUAGGAACCCUGUAUUGUACUGUACAAUUUUAGAACAACUGAUGAAAUAAAAAAUGAAAGAAACAAUUAAAGGUGGAGGUGGAGAGCAAGCGCUUUAGUUUUAUCAAUGAUAGCCUAAAGACCGUGCCAAACACUGUGGGUUUGCAGUAGAAGUCAGGACAGAUACGUGUCGAACGAUAAAAUGUGGUCGAAAGGGGAUGAGCUCAAAACAUUUCACACCUAUAUUUAGUAUUGUACACUUGUGAUCCGACUGACCAAAAUGCAUCUUAAUACCAGGUGUAAACAGGGCUCGUGAGAUUCUGAUUUUACAACACCGAAUGGUCUGAAAGAAUCUUGAAAGCCAUUUCUCUGUUUUUCAGUACUCAUGUUUUCAUAUUUGAUAUGAGCAAAGUAAUUAUUCAACAGAUGCUCCUAAUAAUAUGGAGGUUUGGUUUAUUUAGUUCCUGCUUAUUGUGUUUGGUUGACCAAACAUUCAGAAAUGCUUGAGAUCUUUAGAAAUCUUUCUAUUUUAAAAACUGACAGUAAAUGAAAAGGAUCAGCUGUAUUUUUUCAGUGCGAUGCUAGUGUAUAAACCACGGAUGAGCUUCAUUUUAAUUAUAAUAAUCUGAGAAAUAAAAACCUGAUAAACAUC